AUUCAGCUGUUGCGUGGUCAUAGUUAUUUGCUUGUUGCAUACGUAUUUAAUUUGUGAUUAAAUUAGAAAACAAUGAAAUUUUCAGCAAUAUGGUGAUAUUAUUUAGAAUAGACAUUUAAUAAUAAUCGGUUAAAGAGUUUUAAAUACGAUGAGAAAGUUUUUUAGUAAAAAGGUAUUUGAACCCCACAAUUCGGUAGACAGUAUAGAAGACUUACCUCGUGACAGUGAAGAUGAACUUGAUCAGCCGGAGUUUCCUCAACCACAACCACUUCCCCAGCCUGAACAACCACAGCCGCAACCGCAAGAAUUUGAACAAGAAGAACCAGUACCAACAACUUCUAGAACAUUGAUCACAAUACGUAUAAAUCCUCUUGGUAGACCUUUUAGCAACAUUUACCAGAACAUAGAGAGUCCGCAAUACGAUACUUACAGCGAAGAGAGCAAGGAUCAUGAGGAAGUGACAUACGACAGAAGCAAAAGUAACAAAACAGAUGAUAGCAAGGACGAUCUCAAUAAACUGAGGAAAGUAGAAAUAGAACCUUUUAGUAUUGACGAACAAGACGCGUCGGAAAGCUGCGUCGUAAAAUGUUUUUGCAUGAGACGCAGACGAUGAUGGGAUUGUAUUCAUCAAGAUGAAGAAUAAGAUGUCUUCUAAUAAUAAUAUAAAUGAUCUCAAAUUUUACUAUUUACUUGCAAGCUUUGCCUUGCUGACUAUAAUUUUUGUUUUUCUUGCUUUUGAGAACAGUUUAUUUAGUUGAUUGCUGAGCUGCCUAUUAAAUUUCUCAAGUGAUUCUCACUGCCGCACUCAGAGAUAUUUAAUUAUAAAUAAAAUGAUUUUUCUUAU